GGUGGUGCUACAGGAAAGCUAAAAGAAGGAAAGCAGUGAUAAACGGGUGAGCCUCCCCUGCCGUGCUCUGUGGGGUGACGUGUGGAGGGGAGCAGCGGCGGCCAAGCGACCCACCCCGAGCCUGGCAGCGGGAGGAGGAUGCUGAACCAGUACAUCCAGGAGCUUGAGCAGGACCCUUUUGAUGGAGAAGAGUUUGUGGAGAGGCUGGCAUGGCGUGUCAAUGCCAGCGUGUCUGCCCCAGGCUCCUCUGACAAUGUGUUUAACCCAGACCUCUUGCAUGAAGCCUUCACGCAGGCGAUCAAAGACCUGCAGGUCCUGGAUGAGAGGACAGCCAAGAAGUGUGAGCGCAUUGAGGCAGCAGUGAGGGAGGAGGAGGUGCGCUACUGGCACAACAUUGCCCAGCUUCUGGAACACAACAAGGAGGCCUUCCAGAGUUUCCAGGAGCUGGACAGCCACAUCAACAGUGUGGCCACCAAAGUUGUGCACCUUGGAGACCAGCUGGAGAGUGUCAACACCCCUCGCUCUCGAGCGGUGGAGGCCCAGCGCCUUAUGAACCACUUUAGGGAGUUUCUCCUUCCGGGCCCACUGGUCUCCGAGGUCUUCACAGACAAGUCCAAGAUCUAUGAAGCAGCAGAUGUGAUCCAAAAACUGCACCUCAUUGCUCAGGAACUUCCUUCGGGCAAGUUUGAGGAAGCCAAGGCCAAGAUAGCAGAGAAGUAUGACGAGACUGAGCGUUCCCUCAUCAUGGAGUUUGUGAAGGCCCAUCGUGCUGGGGACAAGGACCGCAUGAAGGAGAUUGCCUCCACUUUGUCCCACUUCAAGGGCUACUCACAGUGCAUUGAUGCUUUCAUUGAGGAGGCACAGCAUGGAUCGCUGAGGUCCCGUGACAUGUACCAGGAGGUGGUGCCCUUGUGCCGGAACUCUGAGGUGCUCAUCAGGGAAGUGUUCACCAACCCAGACCAAGUGAUGGGCAAGUUUGUGCUCAACAUCUUCCAAGGACAGCUACAAGAGUACAUCCAGUUGAAGCUUGACAACAAGAGUGUACCAGAACUGUACCUGAAGAACCUGCAUGAGCUGUACUGCCAGACAGUGAAGCUGUGUACAGAGCUUCAGGCCUUCAACCUCGGCAACGACUCCCAGUUCCUCUCAAAGCUCACCAAGUCCAUCUUCCAGCGACACCUCCACUCCUACAUCAGUGUAGAGACCAGAUUCCUGAAAGAGAAAUUCAGUAUUAUUCUGGGCCGAUAUUACGACAACAAGGGUCACCAGAAGAAGAACAUACAGUCUGGGGGCAUCAAUGACAUUAGGCGUAACAUCCAGGACGUGAUAGGCACCAAGGCAAAUAUCAACAUCGGACCGGCAGUGGAGAACUAUGGUGGAGAAACAUUCCUGUCUGAGGAGGUGGCCAUCUCCCUCCUGCAGGAGACCAAGCAGGCCUUCAAGAGGUGUCAGAUGCUCUCAACACAGUCUGACGUACACAAUAACGCUGUUCAGAUAUUUGAUCUCCUUGCCAAGGCUCUCCUGAUUGAGCAUGUUGAUUAUGCCAUUGAGUUAGGGCUUCAGGUGAUCCCAGGAGGUGAGGUGCGGUCACCCCCAGAGAUGAGCUUCUUUGAGGUGGUGCACCAGAGCAGCUCCAUGAUGAACCUUCUUGAUAAGUUGUUCAGUGACACCCUUGUACCCCUGGUGAUCUCAACUCCCAAACAUGGAGACUGUCUACAGAAAAAGAAACAGCUGGGCAGCACCCUGGAGCAGAAGCUGGACCUCGGCCUUGACCGCACCCUCUCAGCGAUUGUCAGCUACGUGCGGCACGUCCUUACAGUGGAGCAGAAGAGAACGGACUUCAGGCCAGAAAAUGACGACAUGUUGAUCACCAAUGUUACUGUGGCCUGCCAGCGUGUGGUGCGUUACAUCAACUUGGUGGUGGAGCGAAUUCGGGAUUCCCUUGACGGCCACAACCUGGAAAGCGGGCUGCUGGAGCUGGGCCUCAGGUUUCACCGCACCAUCCUUGACCAUCUCAUGAAGUUCGAGUACAGUGCCACUGGAGCGAUGGCAGUCAUCUGUGACGUGAAUGAGUACAGAAAGUGUGUCGCCAACUUCAAGAUACCUCAGGUCAACUCCCUCUUUGACACACUCCACACCCUCUGCAAGCUGCUGCAGGUGUCCCCAGAGAACCUGAAAAUGGUGUGCUCAGGAGACCAACUGAGUGGCCUGGAUCGCACUGUUCUGGUGAACUUCAUUCAGCUUCGCUCGGAUUACAAGACUGCCAAACUUGGAAACCAGCUGAAAUAAAAGUAUUGAAUAAAGAAUUAGUAAUUUAUAUGAAAAGUUAAACUCAGCAUUUCAGUAAUACAUUUAACACAAUCCUAAAAGCAUCUUUGUAAAUCCUUAUUGUUAUCAAAAAGUGCACCCCAUUUGAGCCAUGAGUGGGGUAGGUGGGUCAAAAAAGCCAAAGACAGCACACAAAAAAAUCAUGGAAAGACAGCCACUCAAUACUGUCAUUACAGAUACUAAGUGCUAAGAUACCAAGUCAGUUUGGCACACCACCUGAGGCUAAGUUUAACAAGAUUGCAGCUCCAACUAAUGCCUUCUUCCCUGCAAAUCUCUUCCACUCCACCCUAGCAUUUAUCAACUCUCAUGUCUAGCACCUCCUUUGUACAGCAACAUUGAACUAAACAUUAAACUACCUGAAAUGGAAGUAAGUACUCAUGACAACAGGCUGACUAACUUGUCAGUUCUCUCCCUGUUUCCCCACAAAUUUUGUACCAUUUUACGUACACCAAAACAGCAAUAAUUAUAGUAAAUUGUAAUGAACAUUUAAAAUCCAGGUAUCCAUGCAUGGAAGGCUGAUUACUGGAUGAAUGUCUAAUACAAGGCAGUCUUUGAAGGUCACUCAAACCACCCUGGAACUAUGUGUUCAUGACUUAAAUCCUUGCUGUGCUUUAAACAACUGAGAUGACAAAGUAGAAAGGCCCCAAGUUGCUCUUAUCUACUAGGGACACACAUUUCCCAGUUUGCUUUUAAUUGGCAUUGAGGAAGGUGGUUUUCUACUAUAUACAUAUAUACGACAGGCAGUUACUGUUAAAUCUUUGCUAACACUUUCACUAAAUCAUUAGUCUCAAAACUGGGCAAAGGUGAAUGAAAGUUCCUUGCCUCAAAUGAGGACACAAAUAUUGUUGGACUCGGUCAAGAGAGUGCUUAAGCAGCGUCCUUUGAAGGUGAGGAAAUUUCAAUAAAACUUGUACAUAUGUAAGUGCUAUAAAAACGUUAUGCUAGAAAAACUUAAGUUGUAGGGUUAAACCCAUGAAAUGUUAAUUUCUAUUCAACUGUGAUGUUUAUAGUUAUAUUUUCAGUGAAUACAAUGUUAUCUUGUU